UAGCAGACAGAGACAUACCCAAAAGGCAAACAGCCUGUAUGUCACAGAAAAGUAAGAAACAGAACUAAGAGUUGACUACAGAACAACAUAGAGUCAGAGUGGAGUUAAACUUUAAAAGGUAAUAACUGAAGGGAAAAUCAGAGUAAAAAAAUAAUAACAGAAGAUCAGUCAGCAUGUCAGAAGGAGACACCUAUGCAGUUGUAAACAAGCAUAAUCAGAAGAGUCCAUCUGUAACCAGAAAAGCCAAUGAAAGAGGAAAAAAAGCUCCAAGACUCGAAGAGGAACCCGGCUAUGCAUAUGUUGGAAACCAUCCUGUGCCAUCUGGAGCCAUGAGGUUAACAGAAAUUAAGAAUGAUGUCGUCAUUGAAGAGGAUUCUGCUUAUGCAAAUGUUCAAGCAUGCCUUUCCUCACCUGGAGAUACAAAUAUAAUGGAAAAUCACGAAGUCACACAGGGGAUUACAUCCACAACCAAGAAAUCAAUGACCUUGAGAUCCUGGAGAGGGGUGUUCAUAUUGAUGGCUGCUGUCAUACUGGCAAUUGUCGUAUCAUUUUCUGCUCUCAUUUUGCAACUAUCAAGACAACCAGAACUGAACAAUAAUGAGCUGAACAUAAAGCUUAAAGAAUCAGAAGACAAUAUCACUGCCAUGGGAAGGAAUCAGACCGGUCUUCAGAUGCUUAUUAAGCAAGCAGAAAACAAGAUCACUGCAAUGGGAAAGAACCAGACGAGCCUUCAGAUACUUCUUCAAAAAUCAGAAGACAUGAUCACUGCCAUGGAAAAGAAUCAGAUGAGCCUUCAGAUGCUUCUUAAGCAAGCAGAAGAGAAACUCACUGUCAUGGAUAGAACUCAGUCAACUCUUCAAAUACAACUCAAGCAAGCAGAAGUGAAUAUUGCAAGUGUAAAAACAAAGCAGUCAAGCCUUGAAACAAAAGUCAGUCAAGCAGAACAAAAAAUCACUGCCUUGCAAUGGAAUCAUGGUCAGAAAGUUGCUGAAUACAAGAAUGUUUACUUUAGAACAUUGCAGGAUGUAGAUAAUACUACUACUAAAAGUUACAACAGGAAAGCUAUGAAACUGGAAAGAGAUCUGAAUGAAUAUCGACGUGGAAUAGCCUAUUACUGUGACAAUAGGAACACCAAAAGGCAAUGGAGGUUUGAGGAUGGUUAUAACAACAACAGAGUAGGUGAAAAUGGUAUAUUUAGGAAACAAAAUGAGUAUGACCCCCACAAGUAUAACAAAAAUGGGUAUGAACAGAAUUAUGGGAGAGAAGAGAACCAAAGGAAAGGUCCUCAGGAUAGCUCAAUUGUUAUUGUGGCAGUUAAUAAAGGAGGGGCAGUGGUAGCACAGAUUUUUGAAGACAUUAACAUGGAAGUUAUCAAACAACUUAGUAAUGCAGAAUUUUACUGUAAAAUGUCACUGGAAUUUAGUCCAGAAUUUGAAAAAGACAUUAAUGAGAUUUUGGGUUACUGGGCUGACUCUGAGGUUAUCUCUAAGGUGUUAUUUAAAGAACUUACAGUACAGGAGCCUAAAUCCUAG